UAGCGUAUUGUUAUACCUGGCCGGUCCAAAGGUGGAAACAAUAUUUGCCACGCUCUCUGAUACGGGAGAAGAGAACGACUUCGAUAAAGCCAUAGAGAAAUUGACAGAGUAUUUCGCGCCGAAGAAAAACAUUCUAUACGAGCGACAUAUUUUUCGCCAAGUCAGCCAGCGAUCUGACGAAACAAUUGACCAAUUCUGUACACGACUGAGACAUCGUGCCUCGACAUGCGAAUUCGAUAAUGUAGAGGACGAGAUUAAAACACAAAUCGUGGAGAACUGCAGGUCUAGUCGACUCAGAAGGAAAGCAUUUCGGGAUGACCCCAAGCUGGAUGAUUGGAUUAAAUACGCGAGAGCACUGGAAAUUUCUGAUCACCAUGCUGAAGAAAUGGAAAAGCAACACCGUCAGGAGGCUGUGUAUCAAAACACCAGACGAGAUUUUCCGCCAAGGGAUAUAAAAGGUAAACAAGCACAAACUUGUUAUAAUUGUGGAGGGACGUACCCCCACCAAGGCAGGCCCUGCCCUGCUGCAGGCAAGACCUGUCAUAAUUGCUCAAAAACUGGACAUUUCGCUCGAGUUUGUAAGUCUGAACAAAAACCAAUCUCUCGAAAACCUCGAAUGCCUCAGGACCAAUAUAAAUCGAAGGCAAACAAGUUGAAUGCUUUGAACCAAUAUCGGCAACAGCAACCACUCUCUACUGAGCCAACAGUACAAGGUGAACCGGAAGUAAGCGACAGUGAUAGCAAUGAGGAUAUAUUUGCUGUUUCGAGAGCCAAGAAAGUGAAGCAACCACCCAUGACAAAACUCAAAAUUAAUGGGGUGAAAGUAGAGUUUUUGAUUGACACCAGAGCUUCAGUGAACAUUUUGACACGAAAGGACUAUGAGUUUCUCUGUACAAAUUCAAAGGACCAAAUCUCUUUACGAAAAACUAAAACUAGAAUCUAUGCGUUUGGCUCUUCAGAACCAGUUGAGUUGAAAGGAAAGUUUGAAGUUCUAGUUGACUCAAAGCGUCGUGUUGCUGCCGCUACAUUUUAUGUCACAAAGGGAACUCAAGGCACUACUUCAAUUCUGGAGUGUGAGACAUCUACUAAUUUGCGUUUGAUUACCAUGAAUGUUAAUUCUGUGUCGAAAGUAUCGGAU